CAUCGGAUUGCGAAGCAAUCCGAAAUGAACUGCGAAAGCAGUUCCGGGGGUUGGCGAGCGCCAGCGAGCAGGGGGCGAAGCCUCCUAGUAAGUAAUAAAAGUGGUCAAUAAAGUACAUCCUGUUUACUUAGUAAGAUGUUUAUUGUUCAAGUUCGUUCGGAUAAAACAAAGAUUCAAUUCUGAUUUUUUUCAAUUUAUUUAGAAUACAGACUCUCAAAAUAGGGGAAAUAUGGUAUCAAUGUUAUGUACACUAGAAUGCAAUACAUAUCUCUCUAUGCAUGUACGAAAUUAUCUAUAGUUUUGCAUCAUUUUAAAAGAUCUUAAAUUUACGAACUAUUACUUAUCAAACUUAACCAAUCAUCCAAUAGGAAUGCUUGUUUUAUUCCUAACUCUAAUGGAAGGGCAAAUCAAAUCACUUAUUUCUAAAAAAAAAAAAAAAAUUAAAUUUUUAAAUGUUGUAUUUAUGUAGGAAUAUGCCAACAAACCAAGUCAGAGCCGACUGUUUUAAGUUUUAUUUUUUCAGUUUCAAAUUAAAUUCAAAAGUUUAAUUUCUGAGCUAUGAAAAGAAUGAACGAAAUAUUUAUGAAAAUAUUUAUGAAAAGAAUUGUGGAUUCGAUUAUUAAUCUGCCUUAGAAAUGUAAAUACAAAGUUUGUAUGAGUAAAUGGCAACAAGAAUGGUCUUACGAAAUCAAUAAAAAAAAUUGCCCUGUUCUGUUAUUUAUUCAUUUGUAAAUAUGACUCUUAUUAACAUUGAUAAGCCUCGAUGGGAUCAAAGCACAUAUUUAGGUAGAUUAAAAUAUUACUUUACCACCACCAAUCCUAUGAAUUUGCUGCGUACUAGCUCAUCACUAGAAAAAGCAAAGGAAAUAGUGCUGAGACAAAGAAAUGGCGAAUAUCUUGACCUUUCAGAGGAGGAAAUAUGGCGAGCCAAGCAUUUGUAUGAUUCAGCAUUCCAUCCCGAAACCUGCGAAAAGAUGAUUUUAAUUGGUCGAAUGUCGGCACAAGUUCCAAUGAACAUGUUCAUCACUGGUUGCAUGCUCACUUUCUACAAAACAACACCUCAAGUUGUGUUCUGGCAGUGGUUUAACCAAUCUUUCAACGCAGUUGUUAACUACACAAAUCGCAGUGAUGAUUCUCCGUUAACUGUGAAUCAAUUAGGAACAUCAUACAUUUUGGCAACUUUUGGCGCACUUGCCACUGCACUGAGUCUAAACAAUCUUGUAAAAAGUUCUCCUCCACUAAUUAGACGGUUCGUUCCAUUUUGUGCAGUAGCUGCUGCCAACUGUAUUAAUGUUCCUAUGAUGCGUAUUAAAGAAUUACAAGAAGGAAUUCCCGUUGUUGAUGAAAAUGGAAUUCGAAUUGGAAAUUCACAAACUGCAGCAAAGUUUGCAAUUUCUCAGGUUGUGAUAUCAAGAGUUGGAAUGGCUGUGCCUACAAUGCUAAUUCCACCUAUAAUCAUGAAUUUUCUUGAUCAAAAAGGCAUCCUUCGGAAAUAUCCUAGAAUAAAUACUCCCUUGCAGAUUACUAUAUGUGGCUUAUUGCUAACUUUUGCCACUCCAUUUUGUUGCGCGAUUUUUCCACAGAAAGGUUCUAUUAAAGUUCAGUCAUUAGAAUCAAAUAUCAGAGAAACCACUGAUGAGCUAACACUUAAAGAGAAAUAUUUAUACUAUAAUAAAGGCCUUUAA